AUGUAACAAUAAUUAUUAAAGCCUUAAUCUAAAGAACAUGCCUUAUAAAUUUUACAAUAAGGAUUUUAAAUGUAUUAACAAUAAGGACACAUGAGUUUCAAUGAAAAUGUUACUGUAAUUUAAUAACCAGAAAGAAUGAGUUUCAACGAUUAGAAAAUUAAAUCACAUCCUAAAGUUCAUAAUGUAUUUGAUAAUCAAAAGAGAACCAGAAAUAAUUAAAAUCAAAUAGAACAAAGUAUAAUUGGAAAUAGAUUUGAAAUUCCUAUUUUACCAUCAGGUAAAUAUUUGAAAUUUAAUGUUCUUUCAAAUUGGGGAGACAAAUAGUAAGUUGGACUUAAUGGAAUAGAAGUGUUUGAUUCACAAGGAGGUAAUAUCACUAGAUAUAUUAAAAUGCCUAUGUAAGAUGACUAUAUAGAGAAAUUAAAGUUAAUAGACGGUUAUUAAGCAGUUAAAGAUGAUAAACAUAUUUGGAAAACAAAGAACUUGAAACCAGAAAUCAUUAUUGAUUUAACUGCAAAUAUUAAAAUUUCUUUGAUUAGAAUUUGGAAUUACAAUAAAUCAAGAAUUAGAUCUUAUAAAGGUGUUAGAUUAUUAAAGAUAACUUUAGAUGAAAGAUUAGUAAACUAUUUAUGUAAUAUUUUAGUUAGAUAUUUUAUGGAGAUAUUUAGAAAGCAACAGGAGAUUUAAAAAAGUUCUAAGAUAAUUGUGAAUACAUUUUAUUUACAUAGGAUACUAAAAUUAUAAGUAGAAUAGCUGAAUUAGAUUGGUUGAACAAAAGAGCUGAAGAUUAUUCUAUAUAAAUUCUAUAAUAAACUAUGAGUAUGAAAUAAAUUAGACCAAAUACUGGUACUAAAUUAUAAUCAUAAAAUACAAGAUAAUAAUAAUAAUAAUAAUAAUAAUAAUAAUAAUAAUAAUAAUAAUAAUAAUAAUAAUAAUAAUAAUAAUAAUAAACUGAUUAAUCACCAUCUUCAAAAUUAUAUUCAUCAAGAAUUUAUUAAUAAAAAAAUAAAGAAUAAGAAUAACCUUCCUUAUAAUAAAGAUAAUAGACAUAUUAUUAAUAGCUUUAAUAAUAAAAUUAUUCAUAAUAAGAAUAAGAAAUUUAUAAACCUACAAACAAAUAAGAGAAAGUAUAAAUGUAAUAUCCUGAAUAUAUUUCUGUUUUUGAUAUAUUAUUAGAAUUCAAUAAUGGUUCAAAAAGAUUUCUAGGAUUAAAUGGCUUGAUAUUAAUUGAUUACAAUAACAAAUAAAUUCAUUAAGAGGAAAUUUAAGAUUCUAAUCUAGCUGAAUAUGACAUAUAACGUCUAUUCUAUUCUAAUAAUCAUACUUUAAUUGAUUCAUCAAAUAUGGUUUGGUUAAAAUAAAAGAAAAUUUAUAUUAAAUUUAAAUAACAAACAAAACUAUCAAUUAUUAAAUUUUAUAAUUGCAAUCAAAUUAUUAGUGAAUCUACAUUCACUGGACCAGAAAUAGUCAAAAUUACUUAUAAUGGGAGAUUCAAAAUUUAUAGUAAUUAUUUUAUUAUAUAAAAUAGAUUUAAGACCUGCACCAUGUGAAGAAAUUAAUUUUGUUUAAACUAUUUUUCUAACUUAACCAAAUAAUAAUUCUUAUUCUGGAAAUCUUAUGGCUAAUCAUGAAUUAUUUCAUUAAAAUUAUGUUAUUGCUUAUCCUCCUUGUGGAAUGAUAAUAAAAAUUUAUUUGAUUAAUACUUGGGGAGAUAACAAUUAUAUUGGUUUAAAUGGUUUAGAAAUUUAUGAUCAUAUAGGUUCAGCCUUAUUAUAAAGAAAAUUAAUUCCUUAUACUAUUCAUUCAGUUCCAUAAGUAUUUAAAUUAAUAAUAUGUUUAGUUAGAAGAUGAUCCAAGAGUAGUCUAAAAUUUAGUAAUACCUCCUUAUGAUAUUAAUUGUUAACCUUAGAGAAGCUUCUUAGCUCCAUUUAUUAAUACUCCAAUGGAAAAAUUAAAAAAUAAGAAUGCAAUCAUAAUCUAAAAAGCAAGAGAUUUGGAGAAAUAAGAUAUCAAUAAGAUCUAUAUUAUGUUUGAUAAACUUACAUGUUUCAGUGGAAUAGAUUUUUAUAAUUAUACUAAAGAUUGGUAAAGAGGAGUCAAACAAGUUCAUAUAUAUAUUAAUAAUAGAUUAAUUUAUUAAGUAUUUUAUUUCAAUAUACAAUUAGGGUAACAUAAAUUAGACUUUCUAAGAUAUUAAAAAGAAUGUAUUUAAUAAAACAACUAUAUUAUUUUCAGAUUCUAACUAAAUUAAAUAAUAAUUAAAUCCAUACUUCUAUCAAUUUCCAGAAGAGUAAGUUUCUUUGAUUGAUGAAAACAAAUAAUUAACCGAAAGAGAAUAUCAAUAAUAUUUCCCCCAAUAAUUGAUUAGACCUAAAACAAGUAUUAAAUCAUGA